CUAGCUCGUCCAUGUUCUUGCAGCCUCCGACAUUGACCGAGUAUGAGUUGAGCAGCUCCUGUCUCAGCAUGGCCCAGCGAUAAAAAUAGUGGAGAAAGUAAGCAAGAUCGGCCAUCUUUUCCAAGCGCAGAGGCAAAGUUGUGCACGAGGAGGGCGUGCGGCAUCGACCAACUGCAGCGCAGCGGCGCCGGCGCAUCUUCUCUCCCCACGCCGUCCCGGAGUCCUCCGUCCGUGGCAGAUCAAAAGCCAUAAUGCAAGUUCCUUCUACUGUAGUACUCAUAAGUCAUAAGCAAAACCUACAGGACUAGAAGAAGCCACAAUGGAAGGAAGCAUCAACGGCCCAUCAAAGAAAAGGGUCGCCGUGGUGACCGGAGGGAACCGGGGGAUGGGGCUGGAGAUAUGCCGGCAGCUUGCGGCGCACGGGCUCACCGUCGUCUUGACGGCGAGGGACGAGAAGAGGGGCGCAGAGGCAGCCGAAAAGCUCCGGGAGGAGGGGCUACCGGAUGUCGUGUUUCAUCAGUUGGAGAUCAGCGAGCCCACCAGUGCCGCUCGUCUGGCUGCUUUCAUAAAGGACAAGUUCGGCAAGCUUGACAUAUUGGUCAACAAUGCCGGAGUGCUCGGGGUGACCACUGACGUCGGCGACCCGGCAACCCUCCAGGAGACGCUUGCAGGCAUGGAUGGGAUGGAGAGAGCCGAAUGGCUGAGGCAGCGGACGACGCAGACCACCCAGGAUGCAGAGGACUGCCUGAGGAUCAACUACCACGGCAGCAAGACCGUCACGGAAGCCCUCCUCCCGCUCCUCCGGUCAUCCUCCGACGGCAGAAUCGUCAACGUAACCUCUGCCUGGGGCUUGCUCAGGUAUUUCAGCGGCGACGAGCUCCGGCGGGAGCUGGACGACGUCGACAACCUCACGGUGCAGCGGCUCGACGAGAUGUCAGCCCUGUUCCUCGAGGACCUGGGCAAGGGCAAUGGCGCGCUGGAGCGCCGCGGGUGGCCGGCUGAUCCGGUGUACGCGGCCUACAUGGCGUCCAAGGCGCUGGUGUGCGCCUACACCAGGGUCCUCGCCAGAGAGGAGGGCACCGCGCUGCGGGUCAACUGCGUGCACCCCGGCUACGUCCUCACCGGGAUGAACGACUACACCGGCGUCCUCACGGCCGCGGAGGGCGCCGCCGCCGCGGUCGCUGUGGCGCUGGCGGAGAAGGGGGGCGUCACCGGCGCCUACUUCGACCGCACUGAACUGGGAGCGUCCUUCGUGUGAUUUCUCCGUGGAGCAGUUGUUAGCUGGAUGUCCUUUUCAAUAAAGUGCGAUCUACUUAAUAUUACUUGAUCUUUGCAAUAACACAAUGUCAUGAGUUGGUCCAGAUAUCUAGAAUUAUGUUUUGUUCAUUUUCUCUCUCUCAGAACUACUCCCUCUGUUCACUAUUAUAACAUAUUUAACUUUUAGUCUGUUUGUUCACUCAUUUCAUUCUGUAUGUAAUCUAUAUUAAAAUAUCCAAAACAUUUAUGAUAGUGAAUGGAGGGAGUACA